AUGGGCCAUUCAUUUGUAUUGAAGAAACAGGAACUCUCAGUCAACAUUGACAUGAACAAUGAAAGGAUCGAAGGAAGCACAUCCAUGAGCUUGGCACUGUAUAUGCCUAUUUAUUAUCUCUAUGAUGAGGAAGAUUAUAAAAGUUGCAAUUUUGACAUAAAUAGAGUGCGAAUUAGGAGAAAUGCAAAACGGCAUGGAGGGGAGAAUAUGUGCGUAGAGGAGGAUGAAGAAGAAGACGAAGAAGAAGAUGAAGAAGAUGAAGAAGAAGACGAAGAAGAUGAAGAAGAUGAAGAAGAAGACGAAGAGGAAGGAGUGGAAGACGAUGAUGAGACCACAGAUGAAAGAGACAUUGAUGAAAAUGAAAAUUUCGAACAAGGAAAAUUCGCAAAUACUGCUGAAACUCUUAACUCGAAUAGCUUUACAAACCCGAGCAAACGUGGAAAACGUGGAAAACAUGGAAAAGGUUCCAAAUUAAAUCAGCCAGAUGAACCGAGCAUAGAGAACACAAGGGACGUGCCCCUGCUAAAGGAUAAAUGUUACGCGAAAUUUAUGAAGAAGAAAAAAGAGAAAAAAAUAUUUGUUGUUCUUCAAAUCCCACACAAUAUCAAUUCUAGUACCUACAAAGAUGUUAAAGUUAAUGGAAACUAUCAAAACAGGUACUAUGUCAUAUAUACCAGCGUUGCACAGAACAAUAAAUCAUACGUUGAAAAUGAUCAAGUUACCAUGGGAUCUAUGGGAAAGGGGAACGACAACGAAAAGGAGAGAGCACUGCUCAAAAAAAACACUUCAAAAUGGAAAUGGAAAACAGGAGAGGUGAAAUGCAAAGAACGCGAAGAAGAUGUGGAAUGCAAAGAACGCGAAGAAGAUGUGGAAUGCAAAGAACUCGAAACAGAUGUGAAAUGCAAAGAACGCGAAGAAGAUGUGGAAUGCAAAGAACUAGAAGAAGGAUACAAAUGCAAAGGCGAACUGGGGGAAAAUAAACACCAACCAAAUAUCAUAGACCUUCUGUCUUUAAAUAAAUACACGGAUGAGAACUAUCAGAAGGGAAAUAACUAUAUGUUCAUAAUUCUUGAUGAUGAAAUAUGGAACAAAGAAAAGGAAAAAAAUUAUACCAACUGGCUAGAUUUCUGCAAGGGAGAAAAAGUUAUAAUAAAGAAAAAAGAAGAAUACAAUAUAAGAAUUAAUAUAGAAGUAAGUUUGAAUUUUUCUUUUUUCAAUUGCACUUCGUACUAUAACAAUAUAUAUUUUAAGAGGAAUGAAAGUAUACUUAUAACACUGCAAAAUUAUGCCUGUAAUAGUACUUGGUUCCCAACCCUGUCAAAAAUAGACAGUAUUUAUAGUAGAUGUUCUUGGGAAUUGUCAUUCAAAAUUGAAAAACCAUACUUUGUAAUAUCAUCAAAUAGCUUAAUUAACCUCUAUGAAAUUGGCAAUAAUAACUUUUUUAUUUACAAGUCCACCAAUAAGCGCGGAAAAUUGUAUCCUCAUCAAAUUUCUCUCUAUGCUGGUAUUUUUGAUUUCCUACAUUUGAAUAAUUUAAAUUUUAAAGAUUUCCAAAAAAUAAAUUAUGAAUUUUUAUACAAAACUGACAACCCUUCUAGGAAUAGUAAAUCUUAUUCAUUCGAUCAACACAGGAAUGUCAAAAAUAAAGCAACCGCUGCCAAGGCUGAAAAAUUAACUGAAGGUCUCAUCCCGUCGAAAGAAAAUAUGUCCGUUUUAUCUAAUGCAAGAAAAAGAUCCUUUGUUAAUUUGUACUAUAACGAUUCAGAUAGCGAUGCAAGUGAUGGAAAAAAUAAAUUAGAAAUAAAACAGACUCGUGGAAUCGUGAACAACCUACCCUACCCGACCAAUGUAACUAGUAAUCAGCAGAACUUGGAUAAUGCCCAUCUUGAUAUAAAAACAGAAAGAGUGAAAGAACAUUUCCAAGAAAGAGAAGAAGCCACAUGUAAGUAUCAAGAAAGAUGUAGUACAAAAAAAGAAUGGUUUUGUUACUAUGAAAAGGUAAAUGAUAAAGUAGUGCCCAAUAUUUUCAUCUUUACCCUAAAAGGAUAUAAAAACGAAAUGAUACUUACGAAUUUCCAUGUUGGAUAUAUAUUAAAGACUUUUCUGGAAAUAAGUAAAGAAAGUUUCCCAUUUGAUAAUUUAAUAAUUUUAUUUCUACCUCUAAAUUUUGUAAAUUUUGAAAAAUAUUACAGUUCAGAAAAUAUUGAAUGCUCUAUAAAUUCGCAUAUUUAUGACGAUAUGAAGAAUGGUUAUAACUUAUUUUCAAAUAGUAAUUUAUUAAAUUCAAAAAUAGCAGAACCGUAUGUCUAUCUAAAUAACAAUAAAUAUUUUACUUUUGGAAAUGUCAUCAUAUUUUCUACUCAUAUUUUGCAUUCUAUCUAUGAUACGUUAUUUAAUAUAUACAUAUAUAGCUACAAAAUCAUAAUGGCCGAAGGGUUGUUAUCACUCUGUUUUGACCAUUAUGCAUAUAUAGUGAAGAAGGAAAAUAUACACCUUGUAUAUAUGUUGAAAUGCUUGGCUUUGCAAAAAUAUAUGGAAAGUAUAUUCGGAUCUAUAGAAAUGAAUGUGAUUUUUUAUGAAUUAAGGGAGAGAUAUUGCUCUAUGGUUGAACUUUUUGGAGAUGUCAACUUAUUUUAUUGCUAUAAUAAAGAAAGAAAAAAAAAAAAAAAAUCUCACAUAACACCUAACAUAUGGAAUCAACACAUCAUGCAAUAUUCUUUAAACAGUCUGUUCUUCCUUAAAACUUUUCUCUGUAUUAGAAUAUUUUUUAACAUUAUGAAGAAUUUCUCCUUUUGCAACUCUAUCCAUCAGUACUGUUUUUCCCUUUUUUUCUCAUACAUCAAGAGGAAUCAAACGAUGAUAUCCUCAUCCAAAUUCUGGAAAAAGGUCCUCAUGGAGUGCACGAGAAGGUACAUAGAAAACUACAAACAAUUACCUAAGAACAAAUUCAAAAUGAAAACAAUAAACCUGGAUGUAAACUCUAAAAUAUUAAAGACGGAAGAACAUGAACAGUACAAAUUAUUUGAGAAAUAUUUCACCAACUUUAUUGAAACAUACAUUAAAGGGUAUGGGGUAUGUCAAUAUAUUUUAACAUUUAAUGUUCAUCUACAAAGAAAGGGAACAUCUAUGGAUAGCUUUAAUUUUUUGAUUAAUCAGAAUUCAAUUCAUCCAUUUUAUUUUGUGGAUGAAAAUUUCAACUCUGCAUAUUUUCUUGCUGAAAUAUCUUCGAUGAGUGUGUACAACGUCCUCGAGCUGAACAAGCAAAUAGAUUCAAAAACUAGCAUAGAUAUAGAUGCAAGAAAAGGUAGCAAUAGGAAGAAAAAAAUGGGGAGUCUUACAUAUCUGGAUAAAAUAUACUACGAUAAAUUAUUUGAAAAGUAUUACACAAAUGACCAUUACAACUACGAAUACCAUCAUAACAAUAUGGAGAAGCUUUUUCUAUCAUAUUUAAAAACAAAAAAAAGGCAUCAUAUAAAUCACAUGUAUGAAUAUCCAGAGGAUCAAUUCAGCAAAAAAGCAAAUAAACUGUUGAAGAAAUAUGUAAUAAAAAAGAAACAUAAAAAUGGGUUCUUCUGUCUAAAUAGUAAAAUUAAGAAUAUGCCAUUAUCAUCUUGUGAAAAUGAUACCAUGGAUUAUACCAAAUUUGUCAGUGGAAAAAGCAACAUCGCUUAUAACCCCAAAAUACUGCAAGGACAUGUAAACACCGAAGGAGAUCAUGUAAUAUCUGCAAAAGAAGAAAAAUUGGAGAAUGGAAACAUUAGUGCAAAACAAAACGCUGUGUUAUUGUUCGAGACUAAGACACAAAAUGCUGAAACUGAGGAUGCACCAAUUGGUAAUAAUGCCUCUACUGAAAUUGCCAUGAAUGAGAAUCAAAAAUUAGAUAAAAUAAAAGUUAAAGAAAAAUCUUUUAUUAGCACAAUGGAGAAUUAUGGAACGAAAAAAAAAACAAAACUAUUGAGUACAUUCAAAAUAAUAAGGAAAAAAAGUCGAAAACAUAAUCACAAGGGUGGAAAAAAAAAAAGAAAAAAAAAAAAAAAUUUCAAAAGGGAAAAAAAAAGCAUAAAAAUUAAUGAAUUAAUCAGAGAAGAUAAAUUAAAUAAACAGAUGAAGAUAAACAGAAAUUAUAUUCUUAAAAAGAAAAAAGAAUUAAUUAAUUUGCCAUAUUCAAAUUUUGAUAGCUUAGAACUCAUUGCAAGAGAUGGAAAUUUCUACCUUGGUUUUGGGUAUGUAGGAUCCGAUAAACUUAACUUAACCACGGGCAAAGGAAAUCUUUACAAUAAUAUCAUAGCAUUCCAAAAAUUUAAAAAUUGUAAUGUUCAAAAAUUAAGUGAGUUAUGUAUAGAUAAGCAUAAUAUCCAUGAGUAUAGUACGACUACACCUUUUCACACCCAUUGCAUAUACCCACAGUGGAAAACCAUUUUUCGUUUAUAUUAUUACAUACACCUGUUGAAUAAAAUUAACAAGAAGAAAAAACUUUUAAGCACUGUGAAUAAUGCCCUUGAUUACCAUGUUAAGGAAAAUGAAAUUGACAUUUUCGAUUAUGAAAUUGAACUGCAGGGGAAGAAAACGCAUAAAUCUGACAGGAGCAAAAAAAAGAAGAAAGAGAAAAUGAAGAAAAAAAUGAAAAAAAUGAAGAAGAAAAUGAAAGAAAUGAAGAUUAAGAAUACAUAUAGAAAUGGGAAUAAUCAAACACAUCAUGACAUCUAUCCAUGUCAAAACGGAAUCAUGCAAACACAGCAAAAGGACAUGAACAAAUUAGAUGUGCAAAACUUCGAUAGUAAUUUGGAAUAUCCACACCAGAUAAUUCAGCAAAGUUUGCACAAUUCGUAUAGCUACAAUAAUCAGAAAAGAACAAUUAACGGAUUGAACUCGGUGGAUGCAGAAGAAGGAAGCGAGGUAGGUAGAGGUAGAGGAAGCGGAGAUGGCGAAAGAAACUUUUACGAGUCUGGAGAAAACAGAGGUUUGGUGGAUGCCUCACCCCAUCUAGUAUACAACAUGAACGAAGAUUCUUUUAGCAGAACACAUGGAUAUCCAAACGCAGUUGAUCACGUGGAGAUUCAAGCAAACCUCAUGUCGAAUGACUUGAUCUCAUAUAAAGUGCAGGAUAAAGAUGAUUAUAAUAUGAAUAGGGAAAAUUUUGAACAUUAUGCAAAAGGAUUUAAUAGAGACAUACAAAAGGAAGAAGACACGAAUGAAAAUUAUCGCAUGGAGAAGAGAAACAAAAAGAACAAGGAAGAGGGAAAAAAAAAGAAAAUAGAAAAACGAAAGAAAAAAAAAAACAAGGAGAAGAUAAAAAGUAUAAAGGAUGUGCUAAUGAACAAUAAGAUGCAUACAGAGAACUAUCUAAACCCAUAUGUAUCGAAUAAUACUCCCAUAUCAGUUGAUGAAAAUAAAUUUUUUUUCUGCUUUUUAAAAAUUGAAAUUGUGGAAGAUGAUGGAAUAAGAGUUGUAAAAAAAAAUUUGUUAAAUAACAUUAUGCCAACUCGAUUUAGUGUAAAUGCUAGACCCGAAAAGGGAAGGAAAAAAGUAGCCUUCAAACAUGAAUCCUUAUAUAUGGCUAAAAAUGAAGAAUAUAUUAAUAGAAAUUCUAUAGAUGUAAUCGACAGUUAUAUAAACGAAACUGUCAAAUUUGUUGGAAUCACAAAUGAUAGUGACAAGUAUAUGAUUGAAUAUUGUAAGCAGAAAGUGCUGAAGAAGGAUAAAUCUUUGAUGUGUUUGGAUAACAGAAAAUUAGUUGCAAAAAUUUGUAGUAAAAAUAAAAUACCCCUUCUUUGGAUCCGUAUAGAUAAUGAUUUUUUCAUUCUAGGUAGAAUUAGAAGGACGCAAAGUGUAAGCAUGUGGAUUCAACAACUUUUUAAUGAUAACAAUGUUUUUGCGCAACUUGAAUCUUCUUUCGCCUUGGCAUUUAUUCCUUUUUUUUUUCUUCAAAAAAAUAUUACAAGUAAUGUGGGGGGAGGAACCGUAGCUGUAUCAGGAGGAGGAGGAGAUUUUGAGAUUGAUCGUGGUAUACAUAUCGAUCAUACCCUUACUAUGAAUCUCUAUGAUCAUAAGAACAUGCAUAAAAAUGGGAACACGAAUGUACACACGAAUGUACACACGAAUGUACACACGAAUGUUCAUUCAGGUGAGGUUGCCAACGAUGGUGUGCACAUGUCUUCCUUUAACAACCACCUCCAGUUGAACAAUGGAAAUAAUGAAGAAUUUGGGAUAGAUAAUUCCAUGCAAUUCAUCAAAUCUGUACUCAGCACAAACAAGAACACAAAACAUAAAAAAAAUGAUUACCUGUUUGGAAACAUUGAAUUAAACGCUUCAACCAAUGGCAAUCUGAACAAUCAUAUGAUGUAUGAUCGCUAUAAUGCUACACAUGAAAAAAGCAACCAUAAGAAUCAUAUGCACAAUACUGGAAAGGAUGGGAUAUCGUUAAUGGGUAAAAAUAAUAUGAUUAAACAACAUACUUCAAACCCAAAGAACAUAAUGAACAAUAUUGUGAAUGCAAAUUAUGUAGACGAUGAAGAACAUAUGAGAGAGAAGGACGAAGAAGCGAUGGCAGAUCAAAAUCUAGAACUGUCAAACAGAGGCAUGUAUAACCAAGUACUAAAUAAACAUAAUACAAGAAAUGAUGAGGAUAACAUGAAGAGGAAAUUAAAUGUUAAUGUGACAAACGAUGGGCAAAACGAUUUGUUAAAUAUGGAUAGACUUUCAAGUAAUAGCAGCAGUUCAGCAAGUGAAUCGGACAUUUUGGAUUGCAAUUUCUCAACAUCUACUAUUGAAGAUUUGAAUGAAGACAUAAAUGGAGAUGUGAAUGGAGGUGCGGAUGGAGCCGCAAAUGCUGACGUGAAUGCAUCAGAGCGUAAUUAUUCCUCUUUUUGCUACAAAAAACAGAAAAAUUACAAGAAAAAAAAAUGGAAAAAUAAAAUAUCCCUAGCAAAUAUACCAAUAAAUGCAGAAGUUAUCAAAUGCUUAUUCAAAUCAUUAACGUCGAAAUAUUUGCAUUAUAUGGUAAAAAUUAGGUGUAUUUAUUCUCUAUGUUUUAUUCAUAACAAAUAUAUAUGCACACAAAGAAUUAUUCAAAAUUUAUUUUUUGAAUAUUUAAAUGAUUUUUAUGAAAAUAACUUGAAUCAAAAAAAAUUUAUGCACGCAUUUUACAUUGCUCUCUCUUUGCUAAGGAAUAAAAAUAAUAGAACACCCAAAAUGAUUAUAUUUUUACUGGCUCAGAAAUGUGCCAAUUUUGUUUACUCCCUUAACCUUAAUGAGAAACAUCACUUCUCACAUGAUGAAGGUUCUGAGACAGAAACACAUCAAAAACAGAAUUGUCCAUAUCAUAGCUCUUCAACGAAUAAUGAAAAAAAUCCAGUUAUUAAAUAUUCACAAAAGGAGGAAAAAAUGAGCUUGUCCAAAAUAUCCUGCUCAACAUCCUUCGCAGAAAUAUUUCCUACAUCUGUUAUCCAUGAGAGAAAAAGUUAUGAGGACACUAAUAUCAGGCAGAAAAAUAUACAAAAGGAAUUAUACAGCCAAAUUGAAGACAAACUUACACCAAUUACACGACGUGUGAACAAUGAGGUGGAGGUAGAUAUUGUGGUAGACAAAAUUGCAUCUCUAACUCGAGAUCAGUGCAUUUGCAUGAAAUACAAACAGUGUGAUAAUGGUGAAUGUAAUAAUUGUGGAAAUAAUAAUGGCAAAUGCAAUGAUCCCCUUUUUUGGGAAGGAGGAUGCCACGAUCGCGCGGGUUCUCUGAAACAUCGCAUGAAAAAACGAUCUAGAAAAAUUAGUUACGAAAAAGAACUAAUCAUUCAGAAGGAAGAAGAUGAAGACAUCAAGAUGAUUCUAGAAUGCAUUGGAAACUUAAAAUUCAAGAAAAAACCGAACGAUAUUAUGCAUAGCACGACAGAAGACAAUCUGAGUAAAAACAAAGAAUACCUAUUUAUGGAAUACCUCUCGAAUUCUGUGCAAAAUCCAGGUAGAAACAGCUGCGCAGAAAUAUAUAUAAACCAUUUAUCUAAUAAAAAAAAAAAAAAAAAAAAUUAUCAUAUAUAUGACUUUUAUGAUAUCCAUAUAUACGAUAAUGAAGACAAAAAAUUGCAAAAUCAUUUUUUGAAAUUAAAAAAAAAAAAAAAAGAAUACAUAGAGGAACUAAUAAACAUUAUGUUUCUAAUAUACCAGCUGAAGAAAUUAUCCCCUUAUUUACAUAUUUCGGAUUGGGUUAUAAUAAUUUUACUUAGAACUAUAGCACGAAACAGGAGCAUUCUUGAUGCAUUUAAAAGAAAAAUGUAUUGUGAUUAUAAAGACCAUUUUGAUUUUUGCCAAUUUUUGCCUAAUUCUUAUUCCCAAGCAGUUAUGAAAAUGAACACUUUUAUAUCUUUCAGAAAUGAGAACUUUUUUCGACUAGAAAUUUUGAGAGUUCUUAUCCAUUUGACACUUCAGGGGAAUAUUCGCUUGUUUCAGAUUUUUUACAAAUCCUCACAAGAAGAUCUUCCACAUGAUUCAAAGUGUAAUCAGCAAAAUAGUAUAAAUUGUGGGACAAGCUCACCAGAACAGGGCAACAAAGGAAGGAUCAACACAUCUGUGAACAGAAAUAAUGGAAGAAAUGAAAAUUAUUUCUUCGUAUCUACGUACACAAACUAUGUAGAAAGAAAAACCAUAUGUAGUCACUUGCUGAAUAUAUACACAACUCUAAAAUUCUGCGAUCUAAUUUUACAAAUGUAUGAAGAAGACGCUGAAUUGGAAAUGUUAAUAUGGAAUAGUGUCUACAACAUGCUUCUAACAUUCCAGCAAAAAUAUCCAUUCUUUUUCCUACCUUUUUCGAAACAUUUCUCAAAAUAUUUUAAGGAAUAUCAAAAAAAAACCUAUACCCCUUUUGAGUUUUAUUACCUUCUCUAUGGUAUAAGCGAAAUUAAUUGGUAUGAAAAAAGAAAGUUCAUAGGAAACAGUCAUUCGAUAUACACUAAUAAAGAUAGUCAUUUUAAAAAUAUGAAAGAGCAAAAAUUAAAUAAUGGAUACUACAAGACUGAUCAAAACUUAAUAAGCAUUCUUAGCAGAAAAUGUUACACUCAUUUAUUAAACCCAGGAAAAAAUAACGACAUUCAAAUUUGUAAAUAUAACAUUGUUGGUUAUAUCAAAUUAAUCAAAAUUUUAAAAAAUGUUACACAUACAAAUAAAUUCAAAAAAAAUUUUAUCCAAAUGAGUUACAUAAGUUACGUGGUUAAAUAUGUACAUUCUUUUUUACGAACAUUAAUUAUUACUCGAUCAAUGGAAAAUGUCAAUUAUUUUAAAAAUUCUAUUCUUUUUGAGUUGAGAAAUAUCAUGGCCUUUUUCUUUGGAUAUGGAAUUCCACCCUGCUACACGAGCAAAUAUCCCCAUAUCUACAGGCCCCACUACACACACAGAGGAGUCCAAAUAAAUGACCUAAUCAAAUUUCUUCGCACAUAUUACGACAAUGACAAAUUACUCGAAUGGAAAACAGUCGCUUCGGAAUUCAUAAACGUUUUAAAGAACAUGAAAGAACUUGAAUUAUUUGUUGACAGCCCUACUAUAUCAUUACAACAUUUCAAUUUUGCCAAGGAAAACAUUUGGCUCAUCCUAAUUGGUGCAAAGCUAAAGAACGACAUUUAUAAACUACCAAUGGAUUUAAAAAGAGACAUAAUUCUGCUCUUAAAAAACAUCCGCCUAGUAGAUGUGUGUCUAGGGACCAAUCAUUACGAGCACGUCAAUAACAUUUUUACCGUUUGUUGGUUUAUCAUUGUGAAAAUAUUUCAGAAUUACGAGAAAAGUAAGAGGGGGCCGUGA